AUGGUGAUACACGGGGAGGGCGCCGCCCCUCCGCACAGGGCGAUGUCCUCGGCAGCCACCGCGCCCCCGUCCGUGGACAAAGUGGACGGAUUUUCCCGAAAGUCCGUCCGAAAGGCCAAGCAGAAGCGCUCGCAGAGCUCCUCCCAGUUUCGCUCGCAGGGCAAACCCAUCGAACUUACGCCCUUGCCGCUGCUCAAGGACGUGCCGGCCCCGGAGCAGCCGGAGCUGUUCCUGAAGAAGCUGCAGCAGUGCUGCACCGUCUUCGACUUCAUGGACACGCUGUCGGACCUGAAGAUGAAGGAGUACAAGCGCUCCACGCUCAACGAGCUGGUGGACUACGUGACCGUCAGCCGCGGCUACCUGACCGAGCAGGCCUACCCCGAAGUGGUUAAAAUGGUGUCUCACAACAUCUUCCGGACUCUCCCGCCUAGCGACAGCAACGAGUUUGACCCUGAAGAGGACGAGCCCACGCUGGAAGCGUCCUGGCCUCACCUACAGUUGGUCUACGAGUUCUUCAUCCGCUUCUUGGAGAGUCAGGAGUUCCAGCCCAGCAUUGCCAAAAAGUACAUAGACCAGAAGUUUGUCCUACAGCUCUUGGAGCUGUUCGACAGCGAGGACCCUCGGGAGCGAGACUACCUGAAGACGGUUCUGCAUAGAAUCUACGGCAAAUUCCUGGGACUGAGGGCUUUUAUACGAAAACAGAUCAAUAAUAUUUUUUUACGUUUUGUGUAUGAGACGGAGCACUUCAACGGGGUGGCCGAGUUGCUGGAGAUCCUGGGCAGUAUAAUCAAUGGUUUUGCGCUGCCGCUGAAGGCGGAGCAUAAACAGUUUCUGGUGAAAGUGCUGAUCCCGCUCCACACGGUCCGCAGUCUGUCACUCUUCCACGCGCAGUUGGCAUAUUGCAUUGUACAGUUCCUAGAGAAAGACCCCACAUUAACAGAGCCUGUCAUCCGAGGAUUGCUGAAGUUCUGGCCCAAAACCUGCAGUCAAAAAGAGGUGAUGUUUCUGGGCGAGCUGGAGGAGAUCCUGGACGUGAUCGAGCCUACCCAGUUCGUCAAGAUCCAGGAGCCGCUCUUCAAACAAAUAUCCAGAUGCGUGUCCAGCCCGCACUUCCAGGUGGCGGAGCGAGCGCUCUACUACUGGAACAAUGAGUACAUCAUGAGCCUCAUCGAGGAAAACUCCAGUGUCAUCCUGCCCAUCAUGUUCGCCAACCUCUACCGCAUCUCCAAAGAACACUGGAAUCAGGCCAUCGUGGCGCUGGUCUACAACGUGCUGAAGGCCUUCAUGGAGAUGAACAGCACCUUGUUCGAUGACCUCACCUCCACUUACAAGUCGGACCGCCAGCGGGAGAAGAAGAAGGAAAAGGAGCGUGAGGAGCUGUGGAAGAAGCUGGAGGACUUGGAGCUGAAACGAGGCCUGAGGAGCGAUGGCAUCAUCCCCACUUAA